AUUAUUAUUUACUCAUUCUUGUUUAUUUACACUUUCUUCCGAAGGAGGCAACUGAAACAUCCAGUUCAGUUUAUGUUGCCUCUGUUUUAGUAGCCCUGUUUUCAAACUUUGAAAAAGGUCAAUAUCUUCCUCUCAAUCACCCAAAGCAAAUGGCACAUCCUUCAAUGCUCCUCCAUAGGCCUCUUGCCUCCCUCCCUUCCAGCGCCUUCUUCUUCCUUCCUGCAACUUUAGCUCUCUUUACUACACUUUUCAUCCUCUUUUACAUCUUCACAACUCCAUCUCUCUUCAUUUCCCAUCAACAUAAACACAACUUAAAAUACCCACUUGGGCCCUCUCAGUCUUCCCCAUUGACCCCAAUUCUUCCCUCAAAUGGGAGCUUUCAUUUGUCAGCAAAGUUUCCAUUCAAUGAUGUUUUUGGUGGUGAAGAUGGGACUGUGAGUCCAGUGUCCUCAAGAUCUCAUUUUGGGUCAAAGGGAAACUCCAUGAACGACAUCGAUGUGUUCCGUGACGGAGAUAUCUUUCUGGAGGAUUAUCAACAGAUGAACCGGAGCUUCAAGAUAUAUGUUUAUCCUCACCGGCGAGAUGAUCCCUUUGCACAUGUAUUCUUGCCUGUGGAUUUCGAACCUGGGGGCAAUUAUGCUAGUGAAAGUUACUUUAAGAAGGCUCUUAUGAAUAGCCAUUUCAUAACCGAAGAUCCGAGGAAGGCGGAUCUUUUCUUUCUGCCUUUCUCGAUCGCAAGGUUGAGGCAUGAUCGUAGAGUUGGUGGAGGCGGUAUCCAAAGCUUUAUCCGAGACUACAUCUCCAACAUUAGUACAAAGUACCCUUACUGGAAUCGUACUGGUGGAGCAGAUCAUUUUUACGUUGCUUGUCACUCUAUCGGACGAUCGGCCAUGGCUAAAGCCGAGGAUGUAAAACUUAAUGCCAUACAGAUUGUGUGUUCUUCGAGCUAUUUCCUUCCGGGGUACGUUGCUCACAAGGACGCAUCUUUGCCUCAAGUAUGGCCGAGAACCGACGAUCCUCCUACUACUACAUCCGAAAGGAAGAAACUUGCGUUUUUUGCCGGAGCGAUCAACUCCCCGGUACGUGAAAAGCUUGUAAAGUUUUGGAGAAAUGAUUCUGAGAUCUAUGCUCAUUUCGGUCGGCUUAAAACACCAUAUGCUGACGAGCUCCUUGGUAGCAAGUUCUGCCUCCAUGUAAAAGGCUUCGAAGUUAACACAGCUCGAAUAGCGGAUUCGUUAUAUUAUGGUUGUGUCCCGAUAAUCUUAGCUAACUACUAUGAUCUUCCGUUUGCUGAUAUACUGAACUGGAAGAGCUUCUCGAUUGCUGUCGUAACUGUGGAUAUCCCGUUGCUCAAGAAAAUUCUUCGAGGGAUAACUUCCGACGAAUAUUCAUCGUUACGAGGCAAUGUGUUGAAGGUACGUAAACAUUUCCAGUGGCAUGUUCCUCCUAUAGAUUUUGAUGCAUUUUUCAUGGUGAUGUAUGAAUUAUGGCUCAGAAGAAGUUGUAUUCGAAUGAGUAAUGACUAAUGACAAUUUGUCAAAUUUUCAAUGAAUGCUUUUUUUAAACAAAA